AUGCCUCCUGCGGAGCCUGACGCUGGUGGCGGCGUGCUGAAGCCAAAAAGGAAGGCAUCGAGGGCGAACGAAGGUGGGAAGAUGAAGAAAAGGGCCCCUGGCCCGAAAGGUGCGGAUGAGACCACAGAGUCGGAUCGGAGGGAGAAGCCAAUCCACGAGGCCGCAGCGCAGGCGUCGAGUGAGCUGCCCGUGUUGCUGGGCAACGAGUCACCGACCUCUCCAACAGCCGAGCAGAAGCGACUUCGGGCGGCGCUUGCGGAAGCUGAGGCUCGCGAGGACAGCUCCAGCUCCAAGGAGGCCUGGUUGGGACUUUUGAUGUUUGGCUCCGCGUACGGAGCUUACCACGACCCAGACACCCCCAAAGUGGAGAAGAUCUUGCUGCGACGUUUUUCCUACUUGAUGUGCAAAAGGCAGUAG